UUGGGCGCAUAUGGCGGUGUGGCUGCUGCGGCUACCUGGAGGUGAGCGGUAUGGAGUCCCGUCUGGAGAUAGCGGAUGUGGCGCAGGAGUUCGUGACCUUUCUGACCCAAGGUUCCCCGCCAAACAUCCAGGCAGAGGCAGCCCGCUAUGUCCUGGGACUGACCGGGUCCGAAACUGGCCGGUCACUGCUGGCAUCACAGAAAGGGUUGCUGCAGGCAUUGGCAAAACUCUUAGAGGCCCCUCCUGGGGCGGCGGCAGGGGCCGUGGGAGAUGCCUGGCGGACCCUGGUGAACUUGUGUGCAGAACCCAGUAUCCACGGCUCUCUGCUGGCUGCACUGCCUGGUCUCCCUAGCCAGCUGCUGGCCCGGGCACUAGCCCCAAACUGGCCCUGGGCUGGAGAGGCAGCAGCUGCGCUGGCCAACCUGAGCCGGGAGGCAGGGGCCUUCAGGGAGCUGUUGGAGGACGGCGGCUUGGAGUCUGCCAGCGACAAGACAUAUCAGGAACCCGGCCUGGCCCGCCUUGUGACUGCCUUGACCACCCCAGGCUAUAACCCCCAUGCCCCACUCCACUACCUGGCAUCACUGCUUUCCAACCUCAGCCAACUACCAGAAGCCCGAGACUUCUUGUUGGAUCCAAACAGGCAUCUGAUCCAGCGUCUCCUGCCCCUCAUCCACUGCCCAGACUCUGCCGUUCGAAGGAUGGGGGUUGUGGGCACGCUGAGGAACUGCUGCUUUGAGCACCGUUCCCAUGAAUGGCUCCUGGGUCCCCAAGUAGAACUGCUUACCUUCCUGCUGAUGCCACUGGCUGGCCCAGAAGAGUUCUCAGAAGAUGAGAUGGAUCGAUUGCCAAUAGACCUGCAGUACCUGCCCCCAGAAAAGGAGCGUGAGCCAGAUGCUGACAUCCGAAAGAUGCUCAUUGAGACCAUUAUGCUGCUCACAGCCACAGCUCCUGGACGGAAGCUGGUGAAGGAUCAAGGGGCUUACCUAGUGCUUAGGGAGCUGCAUAACUGGGAACGUGACCCUAAUGUCCGGCUGGCCUGUGAGAAACUCAUUCAGGUACUGAUUGGGGAUGAGCCAGAGGCAGGCAUGGAAAACCUGCUAGAAGUCAGUGUCCCCCCAGAUGUAGAGCAGAGGUUGCAGCAGCUGGACCAGCAAGAGCAGCAGCAGCUUCAGCAGGAGCGAGAAGAGGCAUUGCAGAGCCCUAGCAGGCUGGAUGGUCUGGGACCUAGCUGAUGUCUUCUCCCCACACUGGGGCCCUGGACCUCCCCCAUCCCUCCUUGUCCCUUGACCAUAGGGAUCUUGUGACUGGUAGACACACUUGAGGUUGGUGUCCAGGCUACUGGGCUACCGUGCUUGAUAAACCAGCUUCUUUCGCUUCA